CAUUGCAAGUGGAAAACAUCUGUCAUUUUUGAUUUUUUGCUUUGACCUGUCAUUCGAGUUUUGCAGUCGCAGUCGCCACAGUAUUUUUCUUUCAUUUAUUAUUUUCGUAGGUGCUUUGUGGUUUGGUUUCGUACAAUUUGAAUUUCACCAAUUAUAUUGCAUUGCAAAUUCUCUAAACAAUUCAAUAUCGUUAAAUAAAUGCGCAGGACUCUAAGUGAAAGUGAAAUUUAAUAAAAAUAUGUACGAAAAGGUUAUAAACUUUGAAUUCAAAAGAAAGUGAAAUGCCCAAAGUCGACGCGGUCAGAAGUCAUUGAGCAAAGAAAAACGGCGCCAUUUUAAGAAUAUAAAUGCAGACGGAUAAAUGUGUAUGUAUGAAGGAGUCGAAGCAACGAAUAACAGACAAAAGCAACAAAGGGAGAAAAGUGCCAGCAAAUAGAAGGAAAAAGUGAAAAGUGAAUUUUGAAGCCAAUUUUUUCUUAUGAUUUUUAAUUAGAAUAACUAAGAAAUUGUGUAAGCGUGUAAUGUGCAUAGAGUAGUGAACAAAAUUAAUAAGCAUUUAGCGUAAGUGUAUAGGCUGAAAAGAAAAAGGCAAAAAUAAAACUGCAGCGCUCAGAGGAGAGAAAGAAAAGGAAAAAUUGCAAAACGUGAAAAAAACUUUUUUAAAAUGCGUUGUUGAAUGAGCUAAGUAGGCGCUUUGUGGUUUUUGUAUGUGUGCGUUAACAGCCGUAUGUAUGCACUGGGUAACGGUGCUUGAAGUUGGCUAAUUCCAUGAUUGGUUCAUGGGCUAAUUCCACUGACUAUAGCUCACUAGCUGGUUGGUGUUUGGCUUGGUUGCGACGAUGGUGGUUUGACCUACUUCAUGCAAUGGACUGACUACUGAUGCAACCAUAGCUGUUGAUAGGGGGUAGAGGAUUGAAGUUUUGAAACACGUACAUACAUAUUUUGGAAAUAAGACCAUUCAAUUAAUUAAUAAUAGAGCUUUUGCAUUACUAAAAUAUGAACAAAUCGAUAAAUGAGUUAGGAGAAGAGAAUGUUUUGGCCACACAAUCGCAGGACGAGCAAAAGCAAACUGAGUCGGUUAGCGAAAAUGAGGAAUCUGAAUCGGUCACAGAUCAGACGAGUAGCUCCUCAUCUGAAACUACUAACACACAAAACUCGUUACCCAAGACUUCGAAUUCCAAACGCAAAUCUAAUUCGACGUCUACGAAAUCAUCCUCUACAGUAACACAAUUCAGCGUUGAACGUUCCGAUGUGGAUGGUUUACGCAUGAAAAUUUCUGCUAUACGCCCAUCUAAUACUGUGUCUAAUACUAUUUCUAAUACCAAACAACCUUCCCAAACUGCUGCGGCACCAAAAAAUCAAGAUUUCAGUGGAGAAAGUAGUGAAAAAACGAGAACUCAAAUAAGCUCAGACAAGGAUAGGGUGCUCUACAAUAACAAUAGUUUAACUAAGCCACUGACAGUUAAAUUGAGUAACAUAAAAUUACAACAACAUUCAACACAACCGGCGAUUUCCUCGAUAGAGUCAACGCGAGCACGGCCCACAACAGCAACUGCAGAACGCCAAACUUCCAGGAGUAGUGCCAACAAGAUGUCAGUAGAUGUGGUUCAACAGACUUUUGGAGCUGAAUCAAGUGGCGUUACUGGCGCAAGUGAAAAUACACACUUGGCUGAAACAAGCGCUAUCGUAACAUCUGUCGCGCCAUCAGUUAUAGCGGCACCCUCAAUUGAGCUUCCACUGGCAAAAUUUCUUCCGCAGGCACCGUGUUUGAGUGAUGCCACUGCUGAGUCAGGAUGUUCAGAGGCUACCACGACUACAAUUGCAACCUGCGCCGAAAAGACUUUUUCUAAACGCGUUCGAGUAAAACGAAAAAAAGCCCAAUCGAAACAAUCGCAUGUUUACAAAAAGCCCGCUUUAUCUGCAGCAGCUUCUGUCAUAAAGUCGAUACAAACACAUCAACAACAUAAUUUUAUGACGUACUCAACGGACUCCGAAGAUGAUGCGUCUAUGCAAAAACAACAGCAACAACAAAAGCUUCAAAAACGUGCACCGCGCCUCCUCUUAACCGCUAUAAAUACAAAUUCUACCAAUGAGCCACAAAUUAAACCACUGGCCAUUAGCAGUGUUUCUGCGCUUCCAACUGGAUCAGCAACUUUUAGUCACGGCAGUGAUAAUAGUGAUAACGAGCUAAAAUUGGAUGAUGUUGUGAAUGCGGUGAUUAAGCGAGUUGAAAGCGACGGCGAUGAUACACCAACCGGCCCCGAAGGAUAUCGUAAAACGCGAACCAAGCGAUUACCACAAUACCAGUCUACUUUGCUACAAGAUUUCAUGGAAAAGACUCAAAUGCUAGGUAGCAGCAGUACUUCAACAACUGUGGAAGCACAAAAUCUUGAAUUGGAUCAAUCAAAAGAAACAAAUUUAUCAGCUCCCAAAAAAAGUAAAGUAACGUCUGACCUAAUAGCCCAUUUCAAUUCUACGAACUCGCAAACGCACAGCAUUACUUCUAGUGGAGCCGCCGUUGUCACUAAUAUUGUUAAGAAGAAACGCGGUAGGCCAAAAAAACCAACAUUUACCCCUGCCUCGAAUACCAUACCAUUAAAUGCAGUUACUGGUACGCCUACGCCCGUUAUUACUGCUACUUCCGCAGCAACAGCUGCAGCGGUUAGCUCUAUUGCUAUUAAUAUCAAUGAGUCGGCUGACUCUGGUGUUAUAUCCACAACAAGCACAACCACCACCCAAAGCAGUACGUCCCCUUCGCCAAAGCUCUCUUGUGCUAUUAGCAGUGGUAGUAGCAGUACAUUGCGUUUGACUGCAACAACGCCGAGCCAAAAGCGACGUAAUCGUACCUUGGAGCCAUCUGAGAGUACGCGACAACCUUCAGUUUCGCCUUGCAAAAGUCAAACGCAGGAUGGUAGUGGAAGUUGCAGCGCAAACUCUCCAAAACCUAAAAUCGAUAUUGCAUACUUGGACAAGCGGAUGUAUGCGGCCACGGAGCGCGUACUCUAUCCACCACCACGCAAUAAACGCCGUCAGUCGGUAAGCGCAUCAAGCGUAAUUCCUACAAAUACACCUACGAAUAAGAAUGCUGGGAAAUCACCUGCUACAUCGACUGGUGGCAACACAAUUGGCAUUCCGGGCACACCCGUUUCAGCAAAGCCUCCAACAAAAGAAGAGCUUCAACUUGAUCCAGUGUGGCGUAAAAUCGAUGUGAAUAAAAAAUUUCGACGACCCAGCGUAGGCGGUUAUAAAAGCGAUGGUGGUGGUGGCAAUACGACAAUAUGUAGCAAAAUACUUGCCGCAAAGAGUGGAUAUGUCUCGGAUUAUGGUUCGUUUCAUGCGCGUGCUCCCCGCGAUCACUCGGGUUACAAAAGCGAUGUCAGCGGCAAAAGCCGCUACAGCGUGAAAAGCUGUGCGAGUCGGCGCAGCCGCGCUAAAAGCUGUGGCUAUCGCAGUGAUUAUAAGGACGGUAAAGAUGCUACGUCACUAAAAUCAAAAUAUCGACGAAAACGACGUUCGAUGCUAAUGCGCGCGCAUUCCAGGUCUGUAGGAAAUUUGGCGACCAAUUUGAACGACGUCGAAAAGGACAUACUUCAACUGGCUGGCCUUUCCCUCGGCCAGAGUAGUGAAGAAAGCAAUGAAUAUGUAUGUAAACCUAACUUAGAGAGUCUGCCAACGACGAGUGCCUCUAAGAAAUAUGGUGAAAUUAACCGAUUCAUCGCCACGGGUGAAUACUUCGGUCGUGGUAGUAGCCACAGCACGCUCACAAGCAAGGGCAAUCUAUUUUCUGGCUCUUUGCAUGACAACGCCGACGGCAGCGGUUCGCAUGAUGGCUAUGGUUUCAGUCGCAAGCUAUUGCUACAACGUAAGCAUUCGUCUGUCGCUGUCGCUGGCGCUGCCCACGACAUGUUGCUGCCACACGCUCAUUCCUCGCGUAAAAUUAAAUCUCGACGCUCUUCUGUAGCCAGUUACUGUAGCUCCUACUAUUCAACUAUGUCGAAAGUUCGCAGGCGACGAAGGCGGAAAAGCUUUCUACGAUUUCCUUCCUCCGGCAAAAGUGGCGCAAUAAUUGACUCGAAACUGCUUACCGAAAUUGAUAUACUCACUAACACAUUUAGCACACGUUGUCGUAUACAAAGCGGUGCUGUAGGCGGCGAAAAGGCUACCAGCAGCAAUAAAGAUAAAGUACCUGCUGAAAGUGGUGGAGGCAAGAUGCAGACCAGCAACUCUGCAUCAAUGAGCGGUAGCCUGGGAAAGCGUGAGCAGCGCGACAAGCGCUCGCUAAAAAAGCGCAAGAUGAGCGAAAACCAAGAGCACGGGCUUUUGUCGGUCAGCGCUGGAGGAAACGGAAGUGGUGGCGGCUUUGGCGGCUCGACUAUGGCGAGCGGCAGUGGUAGCGGGGCAAAACGACGGCACAAGAAAGCCAAUAGUAGCUCUAGUCCAGACGACCACAAGUUGCCUCUGAAAAAGCGCCAUUAUUUAUUGACACCAGGGGAAAAAUCGACCGAAGCGGCCGCAGCAGCAGCAGUAGCAGCGAAACUUUUCGGCAGCACUGCCGUAGAGGCCUGGGCGGCUGCUGUUGCCUCGUCCAAAUUGGCUUCUGCCGGCAAAGCGCAACACAGUCAGCAACAAUUUGGCGCUCUCUGCGGUAGCACUGCAUCGGUUUCGGUGGCUGGCAGCACACAUAGUGGCAGCACAAAAUCUUCAAAAACCGGCGUAACACCAAAAAAACGGCAGUUCACUCAACAGGAAGAAGGCAGGGAGGCCGCGGGCAACACAUCGAAAGGCAACGGUAGCCAUAACAGCAACAGCUCGCCUUUACGCAUUGCCAUCGACAAUACUCUCAGUCAAAAGUUACUCGAUAUCAGUCCUUUAUCAGUCGCGGGCAGUACAAAACAGAGCGAUGUUGUGCACCGAAAGCGUUCCCGGCUCGAAGUGCUAGUUUCGAAAAUUGUUGCGACCACCAGCAACACCCAAAGUCAAGCCGGUGGGAAGCAAUCACCUACCACCAUGCCUACCAAACCGAAACAAACGACGUCUGGCACGCAUCUUAACCAACAACAUUCGAAUGGCACACCGCCGCCUGGUGUAUUCGAACCUUCUGUGGCUUUAGAAAUACAAAUUCCACCAAUAGUAAAAUUAAGCGAGACUUCGAGUGGAGGAGUUUCGAGCGUACCGCCCGUAGUUACGAAAUCGGAAGUAAACUCGCCACUUUUGCUGCAAGAUUUGGCCUCGCCUGCCGUAGCAGCGUCCAUGGCCAAGACCGAGAGUACAUCAACGCGUGUGGUGGAAACGUUGCUGAGCAAAACUGGCGCUGCCAACUUAAUGUUGAAACGUAAGCGCAAGAAAAUCAAUCGCACUGGCUUUCCAAACGUGCGUCGACGAAAAAAGAGAAAUAUUAGUGAGCAAAUGUUGCUCGAUAUCGUGGAGAAUGUGGUAGAGCGUACACUGCCGAUGAAAAGACGUCCGCGAGUACACGUCAAGCAGAACACACAAACUCCUGCGGCACCCGUUCGGUCUAGUGAAAGUAUCACUGCUGCACCUACUACUGCACCUGCUGCUACAAAAGCUCCCACUAUACCAGCGGCUGUAUUGGCCACCACUGAGAAACCCUGUGAUCGCGUACCCGUCUCAGGUGAGGCCAGUGAUAGUUUUCUCGAACGUGCCAAUCGCACCCCACGGCUCUCUGUGGUGGCUUUGGAGCGCUUGCGAGGCACUCCAACACCGACAACUUCAGUGGCAGCUGCAACAGUUGCUGCGCCUACUCUGGUUUCAGCGGCAUCAACGCCGAGUGAAGUAGUUGAGGAGCACAAAGAGAACUCGUUUUUGUCGCGCAAAGGUCGUGUAGGACGAAAACCCAAAAAUAUUGGUAAUCCUACGAAGAGAGUAAAUGAAGGACCGCAAUGCACAAAAGGCGAGCAAUCAGUUGAUACAUCAACAAAAGCAGCGGAACAUGCGGAGAUUGCAACACGCAAGAGCGUAAGGACAUCCACGCCUAGCGCAGGUGUAGAACUUGCAGAUGUAGUAACUUCCACUAAAUUAGCCCCAGCUGGUCCUGCUACGCCCAAAUCUACCAAACGAACGAAGGCAGUUGAGCCUGCUACGGAGGCUACAAAAAUUAAACCGGCCGGUGGUGAACCAAUUCCGCUUCUGGUCAACACUAACAAUGCUUUACCACGAGCGCGUGGCCGCAAGUCGAAGUUAGCCGCAGCCGCAACCUUGACAACAACUGCUUCAAAGAUCACGCAAUUGACGUCCGAUGAAAAUCAAAAGAAGCUUAAAGCUGCAGUGCCAGAAAGGAACAAAGAGCCCUCCGCGCCGCUUGUGAAACAAACUAGGAAAUCUGCAACCACAACGUCAAGCGUUCUGAAAACUUCAGAACAUCCGGCUAGCUUUAGCAAAUCAACCGUACACAAAAUCAUUACAGCAAAAUCGCUGGAGGCAAAAGUUAAAUUACCAGCUGGCAUUGAUCCAAACACGAAUUUCAGCUGUAAAAUUCGCCUCAAGCGUCCUAGUACAGCAAAAUCACAGCUGGUGAACGCGCAUCGCCAAAGUAUGGAUUCCAAUGGGGAUGGCAGCAGCAUCAAGGACGUGCCGCAGUCUACGCCUGAGCAAAUCGCUGUCGAAGCAGCCGCAAAAGACUCGAAUAUCGACUACCUCGAGCAGAAUAUUUUGCCGCGCAGCGAAACACCUUUCAUUGAAUCGGAAGCAGCUACAAGUGACACCAGCGAUGAGAAAUGUUCAACCACAACAUCAACUAGUGCUAGUAACGUCAGUGCCAGUGCAGUAAGAAAAGUUGCACGCCUCAAGAAAAACUACUUGGUUGCUGGUCUCUUCUCGGAUUAUUUUAAGGCCUUGCAUUCCACGAUAGGUGCCAAGAAGGAGAAGAAGGAUGCGGCGCAUACACCAGUGGCCGUUGAGUUAGAAUGCAGUGCUGAAAGUAAUAACAAUGUCAGCAGCAGCACCAGUGUCCCAGUAGCGCCUAGUCUGCCACCACCACCUUAUUGUGAGCAAUACUUUCGCCGCACGCAAGUGGAUUUCGAACUACCCUACGAUAUUUGGUGGGCCUACACAAACUCCAAGUUACCUACAAGAAUCACGGUGCCUUCGUGGAAUUACCGCAAAAUACGCACAAAUAUUUAUGCGGAUGCAGUACGUCCCAACUUGGCUGGCCUGGAUCACCCGACCUGCAAUUGCAAACCGGAUCAGGGUUGUGGGGACAAUUGUUUGAAUCGCAUGGUCUACACUGAAUGUUCGCCUUCAAGUUGUCCGGCACGUGAUAAAUGUCGCAAUCAAAAGAUUCAGCGCCACGAUGUAGCACCUGGUGUUGAGCGUUUCAUGACCACCGAUAAGGGUUGGGGUGUACGUACCAAACUGCCAAUUAAGAAGGGCACUUACAUACUUGAGUAUGUCGGCGAGGUGGUUACCGAGCGCGAAUUCAAGGAUCGGAUGGGUACCAUCUACCUGAACGACACGCAUCACUAUUGUCUUCAUUUGGAUGGCGGUUUGGUUAUCGAUGGUCAUCGUAUGGGCAGUGAUGGGCGUUUUGUGAAUCACUCGUGCCAACCGAAUUGCGAGAUGCAAAAAUGGUCAGUGAAUGGUUUGUCGCGCAUGGCGCUCUUCGCUAAGCGCAACAUUGAGCCGGGUGAAGAGAUAUCGUAUGACUACAAUUUUUCACUUUUCAAUCCGUCGGAGGGUCAACCGUGCCGUUGCAACACACCGCAGUGCAGGGGCGUAAUAGGCGGUAAAUCCCAACGUGUUAAACCGCUGCCAAUCGAAGCUAAGCCCGCCGAGCCAGCACAAGAAGACGCGCCCAGUUGCCGCCAACGUAAGCGUAAAGCGCAUAAAAAUAUCGAGCGAAUUCUUUCGAAAGAUGUAGUGGUCGCACGUGUGCAGCAGAUUUCGGAAAAGGAAAAGAAGUUGGUCAAACAACAUGGCAUAUUUUUGGUGCGCAACUUUGAAAAGAUACGCCGCUGCAAAGCACGGCGAUCUGCAAAUUCCACUAGUGAGCCAAAACUGAAUGGGAUUUCCAUCACGCCGCCAACUACGCCCAUUACAAGCUGUUCGCCUACAGUUACAAAUACCGUUGCUGCCAUCACAACUCGCCGGUCAUCUACUCCACCGUCGCUGGCUGCGCAAAUUUCAGCGCUGCGCUCGCCACGCAGCAUAAAAACUCGCGGUCUUACCCAUGCCGUGCAGGACCCGGAGGUGGAGAAAAUGGCUAAAAUAGCAGUGAUUUUACGUGAUAUUUGCGCGUUUUUAGAAAUGCUAAAAGAUCCCAAAAAUGAGAAGCAGACGCUGGCUACUUUGGCGCUUACGAAUGCCGCACCUUCUGCUAACAAAGUCGGCGGUGGUGACGCUGGUGGGAUUAGCGAUAGCGCUAGCAGUAGCAAUGUCUGUGGUACUAGCAAAAAAAAGCGAGCAUUGAAAGCGUCACAAAAGUAUACAGCAAUUAGUUUGAAAAUGGUGCAAAGUAACGUCGAGCAAGGCUACUACAAACUACCCUCAGAGUUCAAUGCAGACAUGCAAAAAGUAUUUACAGCAGCGCAAGAUCACGUGACGAAGGGUGGACGCCAGGAGGCAGCAUUGAAGGAGCUUAUUACAGCUUAUGAACGCAUAAAACAGGAGUCCUAUGCGCGUUUGCUGGAAAUCGUCGGCGGUGAUGAAACUAUUUUGAUGGGCUUCUGUGAUCGCAACAUAUCAACUUCAUCACCAAAGGUGAAAGAAGAAAAUCCCAAAGUGCUACCAUAUGUUGCCGGCAUGCCGCAUCAUGCUGCAGUUGGCGAUACCACCACAUCUAUUAUAACGCCCACUACUUCGGGUGAGGAUAUAAUACGUUGCAUAUGUGGCUUAUACAAAGACGAGGGUCUGAUGAUACAAUGUGCACGUUGUAUGGUUUGGCAGCAUACUGAAUGCACCAAAGCGGACGUAAACGCCGACAACUAUCUCUGCGAGCGUUGCGAGCCACGCAUUGUAGACCGUGAAAUACCGCUGGACGAUUACACGGAAGAGGGCCAUCGCUACUAUUUGACAUUGAUGCGCGGCGAUCUACAUGUGCGACAAAGUGAUGCUGUUUAUGUUUUGCGCGAUAUUCCUGUUAAAGAUGCGUCGGGCAGCGUGGUGCCGACGCAGAAGCAUACCUAUGAAACUAUUGGUAAUAUUGACUAUAAUGAAUGUGACAUAUUUCGUGUGGAGCGCUUGUGGAAAAAUGAGGAGGGCAAACGUUUUAUUUUUGGACAUCAUUUUUUGCGGCCGCAUGAGACAUUCCAUGAACCGUCGCGUCGAUUCUAUCCCAAUGAAGUGGUGCGUGUGCCGCUCUAUGAAAUCGUGCCAAUCGAACUUGUUAUCGGACGUUGUUGGGUGCUGGAUCGCACGACUUUUUGCAAAGGCCGGCCUGUGGAGUGUACCGAUGAGAAGCAUUGUUACAUUUGUGAGCUGCGGGUGGACAAAACGGCGCGUUUCUUCUCGAAGGCAAGGGUCAAUUACCCAACUUGUACAAAAACCUAUGCAUUUAGGAAGUUUCCGGAAAAACGAAAAAUUUCCAAAAGCUAUGCGCCGCAUGAUGUUGAUCCGGCUUUAUUGAAACCGAAACGACAAAAGACUGAUAUCGAAACGGAAACGAAUACGAGAACCUCAGCCACUAGAUCUGUGACGCCUGUCCCACCUACUAGUGCAACAGAGGAGCCGCAGGCAAGUGCAGCAGCUAGCAGACCGAAUUCGAAUAAAACUCCGCAAAGUGUUGGCCGCAAACGUCGCCAUAGUAGCAGCCCAGCCACAGUGCAUUUGAUUUGUCCAAUACCACCGAGUGUGCAGACUAUCAAACAGAAACGUACCCGUUUGGAAACUGUACUCAAGGCUAUGAAACUGAGAUGGAAGAAUGCUCAUGGGGUUGGCACAGAACAGCCCAUUGAUUUAUCAUAUUUACUCUCUGGACGUGGUGCGAGGCAGCGUAAGACACAAGUGCCAGCUGCUAACAAUUCCGCAGCUGCAUCAUCUACGUCACUAACAAGCACGACUUCAUCAACGUCAAAAGCGUCGACCUAACGUCUGGUGCAUAAAAUUGGUUCGAAGUGGCAGGAAGCCUAUGAACUAUAUAUUACAACAUAGAUUUAAUUUAAUAAAAUAAGAAAAAUGCCCCAAUCUGAAUGAUAA